UCCUCCCCCCGCUCCCCGCCAUUAACUCCUCUCGCUUUCGCCCACUCUCGCUCCCCCCUUCUCUCUCCUCACGCGCCCCGCCACGCCACCGCUCGCCGCGGCCGCUAUUUAUCGCCCCCCUCCCCGCCGCCGCUCGGAGGAACCCUAGCCCGCUCCCCCGCUCCCCCGAAUUCCCACCCCCGCAUGAGGCGGACUGCUCGCCGCAGCCUCGUCGCGUCCGCGAGCCGAGGGUUGGUCCGGUAGGGUCGUUGCUGCUGUUGGGGCUGGUUGGUGCGGCGCCGCGGCGGAUGGGGAACUGCUGGGGCACGCGGAUCAAGGAUGGGAGCACCCACCCCGGCGCCUCAGGAAUGUUCUCAAGGGGUAGUGGUAAAGAUGGGAGUAGGCUUAGUGCCUGCAGCAGUCGAGCUUCUUCGGCUUCCAUGCCUCCAAGUGCAAAGACUGAAUGUGAGAUCUUGCAGUCAGCCAAUGUUAAGGUCUUCAGUUAUAAUGAUCUCAGGUUAGCCACAAGGAACUUCCGUCCUGACAGUGUGCUCGGCGAAGGAGGGUUUGGAUCUGUCUACAAAGGAUGGAUUGAUGAGCAUACAUUGUCAGCUUGCAAACCUGGUACUGGAAUACCUGUUGCUGUGAAAAGACUCAACCUGGAGGGUUUGCAAGGGCACCGAGAGUGGUUGGCUGAAGUUAAUUACCUAGGUCAGUUUUGCCAUACCAACCUUGUCAAGCUAAUUGGGUACUGCUUAGAGGAUGAACACCGGCUCCUGGUGUACGAGUGCAUGCCACGUGGGAGCUUGGAAAAUCAUCUUUUCAGGAGGGGCUCACACUUUCAACCUCUUUCAUGGAACCUAAGAAUGAAGGUUGCACUUGGAGCUGCUAAAGGACUAGCCUACCUUCACAGUGCAGAGGCUAAAGUUAUUUAUAGAGAUUUUAAGACAUCCAAUAUUCUCCUUGACACAGACUAUACCGCAAAACUCUCUGAUUUUGGAUUGGCAAAGGAUGGCCCUGUUGGUGAGAAGAGUCAUGUGUCCACAAGGGUAAUGGGAACACAUGGUUAUGCAGCUCCAGAAUAUCUGUCAACAGGCCACCUCACUGCCAAGAGCGACAUCUAUAGCUUCGGGGUGGUGCUUCUGGAGAUGCUGUCAGGCCGUCGCGCCAUUGACAAGAACCGUCCCCAGGGCGAGCACAACCUUGUCGAAUGGGCCCGGCCAUAUCUCACACACAAGCGCAAGAUAUUCCGUGUCCUUGAUACCAGGCUAGAAGGCCAAUACUCCCUGAACGGAGCCCAGACAAUUGCUGCCCUCGCUGUCGAGUGUCUGUCCUUUGAAGCUAAGAUGAGGCCGUCCAUGGACGCCGUAGUCUCUAUUCUGGAAGGGAUACAAGACUCCAGCGACCCAGCCAGAAGACCGGCAGAUCCAACCAGAAGACCGGCAGCAGAGAGGCCUCAAGACCCCAAGAGUGGAAGCAAAACGGCGCCCGGCGCAAGCAACAGCGGCAAAGGUCGCCGUAAAAGCUCGGGAGACCUUCUGAAGGAGCCUGGCCGAGACCCAAAGCCGUCGGCCUACUCGUCGUAGCGACGCCCGAGUCUGAGCCUGUUAGCUAGAUAGGGUGGUAGUGUGUAAAUUUGGUGUGCAUAUUCCUGAUCGUCGUCAGGCUUUUGGGCUGCUCAACUUGAGUUAACUGGGUGGAUUUGUGUGUCAUCAUUGAACUAUUGGCAUUGAAGUCUGAGUUCGUCAUGCA